AUGCAUACCAAGGACAUCAACAUUGUUGACAAUGUCCCUACUGAAGUCAUCCUCAAGUUCGCUCCUUACCUCGACAGAUCCACCCUCUUCAAAGCACUCCGCGUCUACCACCCGGACCCGUCCCUAUUUGAUUCGAUCCGCAAUCUCCUGCACCUCAAGAAUCUCGACAUUGAUCUCCCUGCUCAGCCCACCCAAGCCCUUCUCCAAACCUUGUUCCCUCUCUUUGCACGUCUCGAUGAACCCAUCCUCGACAGAUACUGGUACUCGAACAUCUAUGAGAAGGACAAGUCAGCAUUCACCCUGUUUCAUACCAACGAGAAGCAGCAAUGGAAGAUCAAGUAG